AUGGCAGAAACUGAACUCUGCUUUCCAAAUCUCAACUCCUCCUGCAGUAGAGUAAAGCGUUCUCCCUCAGACUCAGUGCUUAUUUAUGUAAUUCUAACCAUCAUUUCUCUUCUUACUGUGGCUCUAAACCUGCUGGUCAUCAUCUCCAUCUCCCACUUCAAGCAGCUCCACACUCCUACAAACCACCUCCUCCUCUCCCUGGCAGUCUCUGAUUUCUUUGUGGGUCUCAAUAUGUGCUUUCAAAGUAUGCUCGUAGAUGGUUGUUGGUAUCUUGGUGACCUCAUGUGUGUCUUGUAUUAUGUUUUCGACAUAGUUGUUACUUCUGCCUCAGUAGGAACCAUGGUGCUCAUUUCAGUUGACCGUUAUGUGGCCAUUUGUGAUCCUCUUCAUUAUCCCACCAAAGUCACUCCAAAAAGAGUUCAGACCUGUGUCUUAAUGUGUUGGAUUUGCUCGCUCCUAGUAGUCGGUGUGCUCUUGAAGGAUAACCUGGAUAAACCAGGUAGAUUUAAUUCCUGCUUUGGAGAGUGUGUUAUUUAUGUUGACUUUGCAAUACAAGUUACCGAUCUUAUUUUGACAAUCCUCCUUCCCAUUACUGUCAUCGUAAUUUUGUAUGUAAGAGUAUUUGCCGUGGCUGUGUUUCAGAUUCGGGCCAUGCAACCUCAUGUUCCAGCUGUCACACAGAGGGGGAAAGUAAAUCCAAAAAAAUCUGAACUGAAAGCAGCUAGGACUCUUGGCAUUGUUAUUGUUGCAUUUCUGAUAUGCCUAUUCCCAUAUUACAGUGUAAUACUCUCAGGCCAGGACACACUGCUUGAUAUUUUAUCUGUUACCUUUUUUUUAUGUUUGUUUUAUUUUAAUUCCUGUCUCAACCCUAUCAUCUAUGCCUUUUUCUACCCAUGGUUUAGAAAAUCUGUUAAACUUAUUGUUACAUUUCAAAUAGUCAAGUCUGGCUCCAGUGAUGCCAGCAUGCUGUGA